CAGUGCUGCUGUGGUAUACAGACUGGGUUGCUGCUGCUCUGGCAGAGAAAUUUGUCUGUGUCACAUCUCAUCAAAUUUUCUAUGUCAAGCCACAUCAUGUUAGAAAAAUCCAUUCUGCUGUUGUCUCUUCAGAUAAGUCUCCUGGGAGUCACUCUUGGUGGGAAUGUUCUGAUUUGGCCAAUGGAAGGUAGUCAUUGGCUAAAUGUUAAGAUAAUUAUAGAUGAGCUGAUUAACAAACAGCAUAAUGUGACUGUCCUAGUUGCUUCUGGUGCACUCUACAUCAAGCCCACCUCUAACCCAUCUCUGACAUAUGAAAUAUAUAAGGUGCCCUUUGAGAAAGAAAAAGUGGAAGAAACGAUCAAGAAGUUUAUUUUGACAUGGAUGGGAAAUAAACCAACUCCUUCAACCAUUUGGAGAUUCUAUCAGGAGAUUGGCAUAGCCGUCGAGGACUUCCACAUGCUGAGUAGAGAAAUCUGUGAUGGUGUUCUCAAAAACCAAAAGCUGCUGGAAAAGCUGAAGAAAAGCAAAUUUGAUGUCCUGGUAUCGGAUCCAUUAUUUCCUUGUGGUGAUAUAGUAGCUUUAAAACUUGGAAUUCCAUUUGUGUACACCUUGAAGUUUUCUCCAGCAUCAACAGUGGAAAAACACUGUGGGAAGAUACCAUACCCUCCUUCCUAUGUUCCUGCUGUUUUAUCAGAACUCACUGACCAGAUGUCUUUUACUGACAGAAUAAGAAAUUUCAUCUCCUACCAUCUACAGGACUACAUGUUUGAUACUCUUUGGAAAUCAUGGGAUUCCUAUUAUAGUGAAGCUUUGGGUAACCAUUGGCUCAAUCUAAAGAUCAUUCUGGAGAAUCUCACAGACAGGGGGCAUGAGGUGACUGUGUUGGUUUCUGCAGACUCGCUCAUCAUUGACUACAGUAAGCCUUCCACACUGAACUUUGAGGUGAUCCCUAUAUCUCAGGAGGGAGAUUAUUUUGCAAAUAAACUAAAUGACUUCUUAGACUUAGCUACUACUGUCAUGCCAACAAUGUCACGCUGGCAGUCAGCAAGAAAAAUGCAAGAAUUUCUUCUUCAACUAACUGGACAUUUAAAACUUCUGUGUGAGAGUGUAGUCUACAACCAGGCAAUCAUGAAGAAACUCCGGGAAACCAACUACGAUGUAAUGGUUAUAGACCCUGUGAUGCCCUGUGGAGAGCUGAUUGCUGAGUUGCUGGAAGUCCCUUUUGUGUACACACUGAGGUUCUUUAUGGGUGGCACUGUGGAGAAAUACUGUGGGAAACUCCCAGCUCCACCUUCCUAUGUCCCUGUUGUCAUGGGGGGACUUACAGACAGAAUGACCUUCCUGGAGAGAGUAAAAAAUGUAAUGCUUUCCCUUUUCUUUGACUUCUGGCUCGAGCCAUACGAUAUUCAGCUUUGGGACCAGUUUUACAGUGAAGCAUUAGGAAGACCCACUACGUUAUGUGAAACUAUGGGGAAAGCAGAAAUUUGGCUAAUGAGGACAUAUUGGGAUUUUGAAUUUCCUCGUCCAUACUUACCUAAUUUUGAGUUUGUAGGAGGAUUGCAUUGUAAACCUGCCAAACCGUUACCUAAGGAAAUGGAAGAAUUUGUCCAAAGUUCAGGUGAACAUGGAGUUGUGGUGUUCUCUCUGGGGUCAAUGGUCAAAAACCUCACAGAAGAAAAAGCCAAUCUCAUUGCCUCAGCCCUCGCUCAGAUUCCACAGAAGGUCUUAUGGAGAUACAAAGGAAAGAAGCCAGCCACAUUAGGAGCCAAUACUCGGCUCUAUGACUGGAUACCCCAGAAUGAUCUUCUUGGUCAUCCCAAAGCAAAAGCUUUUAUCACUCAUGGUGGAACAAAUGGGAUUUAUGAAGGUAUUUAUCAUGGGGUCCCUAUGGUGGGAGUUCCCAUGUUUGCUGACCAGUAUGAUAACAUUGCUCACAUGAAGGCCAAAGGAGUGGCCGUGGAGGUGAACAUGAUCACAAUGACAAGUGCAGAUUUGCGUGAUGCCUUGAAAACAGUCAUUAAUGAACCUUCCUAUAAAGAGAAUGCUAUGAGGUUAUCAAGAAUUCACCAUGAUCAACCUGUAAAGCCCUUGGAUCGAGCGGUCUUCUGGAUUGAGUUUGUCAUGCGCCACAAAGGAGCCAAACACCUGCGGCCAGCUGCUCACAACCUCACCUGGGUCCAGUACCACUCUUUGGAUGUCAUUGGGUUCCUGCUGGCCUGUGUGGCAACUGCUAUAUUUUUGGUCACAAAAUGUUGCUUAUUUUCUUGUCAAAAAUUUGGUAGAACAGGAAACAAGAAAAAGAGGGAAUAGAUCAUUCUCAGGGUGGUACAGGUCUGCGUGGGCAAUCCUGUUUAGUUUAGCCACAAUGACCUUCAUGAAAACAUAUCAUCUUCAUCAUGUCUUCAAAAUUCCCAUUUCUCUCCUUUAGCCUACAGAUAAAGCCUAAAAUUUGACAAUACCAUCAACUAGUGAGCAUGUCCUGUUCUUCCUUUGUCUUUUGCCAGAUGACUUUACCCUCUUCCUCUCACUUUCCUGACACAGAGACACUAAUAGUUUUAUGUAGAUUCUAUACACAAUAUUAUCAUUAUUUUUUAACCCUAAGUGGUAUGCUGACUAACAAUAUGCUAAAUCCUGAGGAACACACAAAAUGAGAGCUAAGUUUGAUGGAUGUAGGGAACAUGGAAGAAUAAAAUUCACAAAUUCACCUAGAACAUACAAAUCAGAGAAACAUCAUAGAAGAUUAGUAUGUUAUAAGAAUAGUAUUGAUUUUUUUUCUGCUUUCCCAAUGUUACUGGAGUCAGAGCAUGAAAUGAUAAUAACUUGGAUGGCACAUCACAUUAGGAUAGGUCUACAAAUUUCCACUGAACACAUGCAUAAUCUUGGCUCACAUUCCACCUUUAGUCAAUAAGUAUAUUGGGUACCUUCUUGUGCAAGGGCCUUCAAACAAAAGAGAUCAAUUAGUCAUUUUUUCUACAGGACAGAAUGUAGCAAUAUGUUAAAAGUAAGCAAAUCACUUUUAGAGGAAAUAAUAAUACUAAAUAUAAAUAAUUUAUUAAUUUUAUAAAAAUUUUAAUUAACAGUUCAAUUAAUAAAGAAGUGAAAUGUCAAUUUAUCAUAUUUAAAAAUCACUAAUGCUCAUAAUAUUUAAUCACUAUCAUCAAAGGUUUAGUUUUGUCAACAAAACAAACAUUUACUGGGAAUAUAUGAUCAUUAUAUUCUGUUUCAGUCUCUAUCAUCUACAAAUUUAAAUUCAUCAAUUACUUAUUAUGCCAAGAAGAUUUUAGUAGCUCUCCUUGACCAUAAGUGUUAUAGUAAAUAUUUAUCAAUGCAAAAAACUAAUAAAAGGCAAAUGUUCAUAUUUGAAUCAGCUUUGCAUUCAUUUAACAAAUAGAUUAAGAUUGAACUUUCUUUGCCCUUUAUAAACUCAACUAGAGGCCCGGUGCACAAAAUUCGUGCAUGGGGGGGGGUCCCC